AGCACGUGCGCGAUGAUUCACGAACGUUUUUCGACCACGCGCGUUCCACUAGCUGUCAACAUCAGCUUGACGUCCCCACCAUCUCCUUUCGCUUGCCCCGUGCCCCUCGGCCGCGCGCGGAGAGACAUGCAGCGCUCGUAGCGCUCGCAACUCUCAUUGUCAGCUAGAGAGGAACUACUGUCGGCUGCAGAAGAGUGUUGAACAAGCACUCGAGUGUUUUUACCUCAUUCUUGCGCAGUUUUUAACCGAGGACGGAGUUGCGUCCGGCUGCUCUCAGUUACGUUAGCUGAAGUAUUUUUCCAGAAAAAUGUCUGCUUUCUUACCAUUAAAUGACAAGCAAUUCGCCUCAUCGAGGUCGAAAUUGUCGGAGGAUCACAUAUAUUGGAGGAAAUAUAUGCCCCCAGUUUUGGUAAAAGAAUUCGGCCCGAUCGAUUAUAUUGACUUCUCAUCGGUAGAACCACAUCAUUUCGCAGUCACCUGCUCAGUACGAUUGCAAAUAUACAAUCCCAUCACAAAGUUAGUUACAAAGAGCUACAGUAGGUUCAAGGAAGCUGCAUACGGAGGUUGUUUUCGCAGAGAUGGAAAACUACUGUGUGCUGGUGGCGAGGAAGCAGUGGUCAGACUUUUUGAUACCAAUUCAAAUAACAUGUUGCGUCUCUUCUCAGGACACAAAGCUGCAGUACACAGAGCUUUUUUCACAACUAAUGAUAUUCACAUAGCUUCGUUCUCAGAUGAUAAAACGGUAAUAUUGUGGGAUAUAACCAGUGAGAAACAAAUAACAAGCUUUAGUGAUCAUACUGAAUAUAUCAGAGCUGGAGCAGUAAAUCCUACAUCUUGUGAUAUAAUAUUGUCCGGUGGCUAUGACAAAUGUAUAUACAUGUAUGAUACUAGGACGAAUAAGAAAGUGCUCAGUGUUAAUCAUGAUGUACCUGUAGAAAGUUUACUGUUCCUGCCAAGUGGAGGAAUAUUCUUGUCUGCAGGAGGAACAGAUAUCAAGGUAUUCGAUGCUUUCACUGGUGGCAAAUUACUCGCAAAAAUCACACAACAUCAUAAAACAGUGACAUGUCUGAAAACAGCCUCCAAUGGCCGCAGGAUAUUAUCUGGUUCAUUGGAUAAACAUGUGAAAGUUUACGACGCCGGAACCUACAAUACUCUUCACACUUUAGAUUAUCCCAACGCGGUCCUCAGCAUAGGAAUUAGCGCGGACGACCAGACUAUCGUUGCCGGUAUGGUGGACGGUAUGAUAUCCGUGAGAAAACGCGAGGUAGAGAAGGAACACGUGGAGACGAAUCAGAAGAAACGUUUUACACACAGACACGCAGAAAAGGAUCCUCACACGACGGACACGAUAGAUACAGUGAAGCAAAAUGUUCACGAAACCUUGUCUAAGCAUGAUACUUACCUGCGAACGUUCGAAUACAGCAAGGCGCUUGAUUGUGUCAUGAUGAGCUAUGUAGCCAGUAAAACUCCUUACGUAACUGUUACGCUCAUGCAGGAGUUAAUUAGGCGACAAAGCCUGAAACGAGCCUUGGCCGGUAGGGACGGCAAAUUCUUAGUGAGCAUUAUCAGAUUCCUGAACAAGCAUAUCGGCAGCAUUCACUUCGGCCGAGUAAUGGUGCAAGUUGCCAAUACUUUACUAGAUGUAUAUGAGGAUCAUCUGGAUGAACUUGAGCAGGAGCCACGAAAAAUGUUCACCAUGUUGGCGCAGAGAUUACGGGAGGAAGUAAACUUGAUGAUGUCAUUAGCGGAAUUGCAAGGCUCGCUGCAGAUGAUACUGUCUGCCGCCAAAACUACUUCUUCGAUCGCCGUGAAGAGUACUCAGAACAUGGAGCCGUCAAAUGCUGCUCUCACAGACCGCAACCUUGUUCUGAAUAUAACGUGAACAAAAAAAAUCUUAAAUACGUCAAUCGACGUUUCUUGUAAAUACAUUUCGCGUUACAUGUGUGAAGUGUCCUUCGGACAAAUUGUACACGAUGACGGUUCGAAUAUUUUUAUCCACGAGAGUAAAGAUUAUUUUUGUAAGAAUAAAUACUUUGUCGAGGUCCGAUUAA